ACUUAUGUCCAUCUACGUGAUUCUGAAUCAACAUCGAUAGGCCCAGAAAGCCAUCAAGUAUGCAAUAGUGAGGGGACCUCUCGUCAAAUCAGGGAAAUCUUGUCGCAUCACGAUGUCUUUUCUCGAGAAAGUCGGCCUUGUAUUUUCUCUACUCGCCAGCCAAGCGUCAUGCGACUCUAAAUUCAACCGUCCCCCAGAGUGGGACCCAGAACAAGAAGCCGAUCAAGAUUCAACGAAAAACAUUCGCUACGACGAUGGAGAAACCAUCCCGAUCCUAUUUGACACAGACCUCGCUGUUGUUGACCUCUAUAUUUCCCAAGUUGGCUUUUACGGAAAAGGCAGCAGGUAUGGUCUACUUAGUAAAAAUGGCCCACCGUAUCCAGAUGGUUGGGUAGCUGAGUAUGAUGCUGGAAAAAUGAUGAAGAACAACGAAGACUGUGUGUACUGGUUCGGGUUAUAUGAGUCUGGUCAUCGAGUAGCUGCAUCUCAAUACGUCAACGUUAGUGCACCAAAGCUUGACAAGACCAAAACUAUCACUGCAACAAAGACUUUGAGCUUUCUAUCAGAAACAUUUACGACGCGAACAUCGGCGGAGUCUACAACGAAACACACAGCCGAUACGACCGGUGCAUCCUUGAGCGACGAAACAAGUUCUGCUAGCUCAGAUUCUCGAUUGUCCAAGGGAGGAACCGCUGGCGUGGCGGUUGGUGCGACAUUGGGUGGUCUCCUCAUUCUGGGAGGUAUUGGAUGGAUUGUUUGGAGAAGAUUGGCGAAGAGAAAGAAUAAUACAGUCCCUCCCGCUGAGCUUCCUGACCAUUCCCAACAACAGCCCUAUGCCUCGGAACAGAAGAUUGAGCUGCCUGGGCACCCCGAGGCUUAUCCUCCACAUCAUGCGAGAAGUCCUUCCCAAAUCUUCGAAGCACCAUAA